CAGAAGCUGUCGCGGUUUUAUUUUAUUUUUUAUGACUAUGUAGAUAUUUCUUUCCUUCGCUCAGUAACGGAACAGCGGCGGAGCACCUGCACUGAGGAGAGAGAGAGAGAGAGAGCGCGCGAGCACUGAGGAGGCGCUGACUCCGACCAGCGAGGCUAGCUUAGUCGGCUAGCUCACAUUCCUGUGCACUUUGGGACGCCGGAAAUCUCAGAAUUUCCUCAUUUAAAACAGAAAGGAUGUCGAUGGAGAGUCGUGUGACUGGGCUUCAGUCUCUCUUGACUGUAUUUUUGCUCAUUUCUCUGGAACGUGAUCUGGUAUGGGGUGAAACUGUAGUAAACAUGCGGAAGGUGACUCACCAGGUAGAACAGGUACCUCUGUCUGGCACUGCUGUCCUGCCUUGCAUCUUCACUCUACGGCCCAGCCCAUCUCAUGAAUCUCAUGAUGCUCCUCGCGUUAAGUGGACUAAAAUCUGGGGCCACCGUGGCCUUGACGGGCUACAGAGAGAGCAGUCUGUAUUAGUGGCAAAAGGCAAUGUGGUGAAAGUAAAGAAAGCCUUCCAGGGCCGUGUCUCCCUGCCCGGCUACACGGAGAACCGCUACAAUGCCAGCCUGGCACUCACAGGUCUGAGAUCCAGCGACUCGGGCAUGUACCGCUGUGAGGUAGUGGUGGGCCUUAACGACGAACAAGACACAGUCCCUCUUCAGGUCACAGGUGUGGUCUUCCACUACCGGGCCCCUCAUGACCGCUAUGCCUUGUCAUUCCCUGAUGCUAAGAAGGCUUGUGUGGAAAACUCUGCAGUGAUUGCCACACCGGGACAGCUCCAGGCUACUUUUGAUGAUGGAUACGACAACUGUGAUGCAGGCUGGCUCUCUGACCAGGCUGUUAGGUAUCCCAUCCAAUCUCCACGGCCUGGCUGCUAUGGCGACCGAGAAGAUUCACCUGGUGUGAGAAAUUAUGGCAGUCGUGCAGCUGAUGAGCUGUUUGAUGUAUACUGCUUUGCUGAGAGCCUCAACGGUGAAGUGUUCCAUACCAGUGUGCCAGAGAAGCUAAGUCUGGCCACAGCUUCCACUCACUGUCACGCACUUGGUGCCCAGCUGGCCACAGUGGGGCAGCUCUACCUGGCCUGGCAGGCUGGACUGGAUCGCUGUGACCCAGGCUGGCUGGCUGACGGUAGCGUGCGCUACCCCAUCAAUCAACCACGGCGCAACUGUGGAGGCGAUGAGCCAGGAGUGCGUACUCUCUAUCAUAAUCCCAACCGCACCGGCUUUCCUGAUACUGCCAGCCUUUUUGAUGCCUACUGCUACAGAGAGAAACAACCAGAAGCAAAGGCACUUGUGCAGACUUCACAGACUUUAAGCUCAAAUUCCACAGAUGACUGGGAACAACUCCAACAGAAUGGAGGCUUUCCUCAGCCGUCCACCUGGACAGGACUGGUGGACCUGGAUAAGGAAGAGUUUCAUUCCAUUGCAGGCAACGAGUCCUCUGAGAUAUCAGGAGAGCAUGUGGUAAUCCAUCUCAGGUCUAGAGAGAAGCCUGUAAAUCAGGAAACACAUGUGCCCAAAGAUCAAUUUCCACCUUUUCUCGAUCUCAACGGGGGUUCAGCAAGAGAGGAACCUGACGAAAGAGAAGCGACGGAGCACCACAGAUUGUCUCUUGAGCCGUCACUGACCACACAACCCUUAUCCACACAAUCUCAGACCAGUAACAGCAUACUCUUUAACUUUGUUGACUCCAUCGUGAGGCCGUGGAAAUACUGGAAUAGCAAUGCUGAGACAGAGGCCCCUUCGACAGUGUCAAGUCUAUUGAAGGAGACCACAGAGGAAGUCCUGGCAGCCAGGGUGAAGCCAGUGGGUGGUGAGCAUAGAGGUAAUAAAGGAAGUAUUAAUAAUGCUAUCUUGGAGCCUGAGAGAAUGGAGCCUUCAAUUAAACCCUCCACACCAUAUUCAGAGGAAGGACUUUUAGAGCAGGAGAAAGAGGCAGUUCUUCUGGUACCAGUAAAAGAGCUAAAGAAUUCUAGUGAAGUCCAAACGGAACCUUCAGUUUCACAACCAACAACAUUUCGAGGACUAAUUGCAUCAGGACGGAUGGAGGUGAUGAAUCCCACAGCUGCAACGAGUCCCUUGGGUCCCACGAGCAGUUUUGGCUCCAUGCCAGUGCUGGGCAGCCAGCAGGAACGGGCGCUUCAGUCUCUGAGAGGAUACGCUACCCCAAGCAGUAAUGGGAUCCUUUCGACCCAGACCAAUGAACCUGCAGAGAUCAAACAAGAAGCAAUGGAGAUCAUGAGAAUUCCGGUCUUCGGGGACAACCAUGAGAACUAUUCUGGGGAAGGCAAGGAUCAUAUCGAAGAGAGUUACUCACUGCCCAAGGUGUCUACAUCACAGUCCUCUCCACAAAGUGGGAUUUCAGAAGAGGAGAGUGAUACAGAUGGGAGUGGAGGAAACGAUUUAUUUAUAAGCAGCAGCCGUCAGACAAAGCUGGGUACUCCAGAGGCCUCUGAAGAGCAGAAUGUUCUCAUACAAACAACAGUGCAAUGGCAGCUUCUAGGUCUUCCAACUGGCCAACCGUCCCACAGUGCCAGUGUCCCCAGACACACCAUGGCUCCUGAGGAGGCCAAGGGGGAGGUUCUGUACAUCCAUCAUCCCACAGAAAUAUCUGGGAACACUCCUUUUACUAAAGUGCCUCUGGUUGAGAAGGAGCCGAGCACAUAUGCAGCCAGGUUGUCUGAGAUACAGACUCAUUAUAUUGCCACCACUUCAGAACUCCCCCUCGAAGCUUCAAGCACGAUUGACCAGACGCCAAGCACCAACACUAACACCAUGACACCAACACAUAACAGUCAAAUUCAAACUUCAGACGCAACCACUGAUGGAGAUAUUGUGUCCACUACAGAUCCUGUUAUACCAGUUACUUGGUUGCCAGUAGUUCAGGAAGAAACUGAAGAGCCACAGACACAUGCAUUUACUGACGGGACUAGUAUAAGACUUGAGACUACACGGGACACAGUUCAACUCACCACACCGUACGUGAAGGAAGCAUCCGAGCAGGCAGAGACCGAAUCACAGACCCAGCCAGUACCUACUGCAGAAAGCACAAGAGGAGACAACACAAGCAAACCUACAGUCGACUAUGAAAAUGACUCAUCGGCUUCAUCAGCUGAGGAGGAGCCUUGCCAGACGAACCCAUGUCUACAUGGGGGAAGCUGUUUAAGGGAAGGCGAAGGGUACAGUUGCCUGUGCCCUCUGGGAUACUACGGAGAGAGCUGUGAGAUCGAUAUUGAUGAAUGUCAAUCAAAUCCAUGUCAGAAUGGAGGCACCUGCAUUGACGAGAUCAACUAUUUUGUAUGCCUGUGUUUACCAAGCUACGGAGGAGACAAAUGUGAAAAAGACACAGAGGGAUGUGAUCAUAACUGGAGGAAGUUCCAUGGUCACUGUUACAGGUACUUCAUUCACCGACUAAACUGGGAAGAUGCAGAGAAAGAUUGCAGAGAGCACAAUGGACACCUGGCUAGCAUUCACACCAGAGAAGAACAGGACUUCAUCAACAGUAUGAGCCAUGAGAACACUUGGAUCGGGCUGAAUGACAGAACAGUGGAGGAGGAUUUCCAUUGGACUGAUAACAUGGAUCUGCAAUAUGAAAACUGGAGGGAGAACCAGCCAGAUAACUUUUUUGCGGGGGGAGAAGACUGCGUGGUGAUGAUCGCCCAUGAGAAUGGCAAAUGGAACGACGUGCCCUGCAACUACAAGCUGCCCUACAUCUGCAAGAAAGGCACAGUACUGUGUGGCCCACCUCCCACCGUGGACAACGCUUUCCUGAUUGGCCGCAAGCGGUCGCACUACGAUAUCCACUCUGUUGUGCGUUAUCAGUGUGCAGAUGGGUUCCUCCAGCGCCAUAUUCCUACCACCAAGUGCCGUGCCAGUGGUAAAUGGGACCAUCCCAAAAUUCUCUGCACAAAGUCUCGGAGAUCCCAUCGCUACAGGCGCCAUCAUCACAAGUCUCAUCAUGAGCGCAGAAAGCACAAGAAGCAUGGCUCAGGUGGUCAUCGGGGUAGACAGGAGGGUCAUGGCCAUUUCUAACCAAAAAUAAACACCCAUGCCUCUAUAUUCCAAUGAAGUUUCCCUUGUUCCUGCACUGUCUGAAACAUUCUUUGUUUCUUUCAUCAACCUCUAUCUCUCAAACCUGUGAUCAGAGGGUCCCUGUUAGACCCAACAUAGACUAUAACAACCACAAUGUUUCUUUUUUUUUUUUUACUUCACUUUGUUAAUCUGUUUAUUAUUUUACUGUUCCUACAAUGAGCCUACUCAAGGGAGUUCAGCCAUGCCCCUGGGGGUUGGAAACUCUUUUUGGUCGUGUACUGUACUUUUACAUAAGCAGGUAUAAGAAAUGGCAGUUUGGUACAAAAGUGUAUGUAAAGCGCUAAAUUUCAUUUUAAAUGCAGGAUAAACAGUCAAGAAAUUGUGCUCAUCUUUUACCACCAUGUAUCUUUCAUGCAUUGAAAGUGUUUCUUGAUCUUUCUUACUUUUAGUUCAGUUUGUAAGGUAUUAUUUUAACUAAAUGAUCAUUCUGAACAAGUUGCUGUAUUUUCAUUAAGCAGAGUUGUAUUGUUGGUUUGGGAAGAUUUCUUUAAAUCUUUUACCACGGCAACAACGCAGAGGAAUCUUUUUCACUUUUGUACUUCAGAGAUAGGUAGAAUCAAUAAAUGGAUAGUUGGGCCAACAUCAGUAAUAUUAGUUUCACAAUUUGACAUGACUAUUUUAAAUAUGUAUUGCAUAAUAUCUGGAUAGAUAUUAGCCAUAAUUAGUUUAUUACAUGUAGCAUCCUGCAAGUAAUCAAAAAUAUUGCAUAUUAAUUGCAUGCAAAUUAUUUGAUAAACUGAGCCCAUUCAGAGCCUACUUUCCAAAAGCAUUUAAAACGUUAAGAUUAUCUUAACUGGUAGAGAAAGUCUUUUAAUGUUUUUCUUCACUGUUGUGAUGCUUUUGGGAAACUAAGGCCAGUAUUAUUCAUCCUUUUGCACAACUAAUUUAAAAAUGGAUAAACAGUCUUUUUUUCAGUACAUUUAUUUUUAAAAGCAACAGGUCUUUUAAAGCUACUAUAUCUGGUUGUAAUUUAUUAUUCCGUGUCAUUUCUUUAUUGCAAUUUAUAGUCUUUAUUACACAAUGUUUAGGCAUUUCCUAAUGAUUUUGAGUUGCCUAUUUUCAAAAUAACAGCUCUAAGGUUUGAUGGGUUGAUAUAAUUUUAAGGGUGUUUUUUCAUGACAGAAUAAUCUUUUCCACUCACUGUUGGAGGAUUUAUUAGUUGAAUAUUUGUUUGAAUGAAUACAAAUGUAUUCAAGCAAAUGACACAAAGAGAGACUAUUAAUUGUACCCUAUUUAAAUCAUUGACUUGUGUCAUUCUUUGAGUAAUGCCCUGUACAUGUAACUAGCUUGAAGCUCAAAUUGAAUUAGAUAGUUCAGGAGUGAAAAGGAUACAUCCCUACCACACUGUAAACACAGAUAAUUUCAUGCCAUGCAUAAACAGAUACCAAAAGUGCUCCUGGGUAAAAUAUUCAGUUACUCCACAUUGAGCUACACUUAAGGAAACGUAAGGAAAGUAGCCACAAGAGACUCAACAUUUGUGUUAGUAAUCGAAACACUGCUCAAUGCUCCUUGUGGUUCGGAUAACUUUUUUUGCUCUUUUUUAAGGACCAGGUGCGUGUCCUGUUUUCUAAAGAAGGCUGCAGCAGCUAACUGGAAUAAGAACUGCGCCAGCUCUUUGCCUCUCUCUCAUCUUCGCCACAAAAGAAAAGGGCUGUGCUUUUAUACGCUCCCCCUUAUUCCAACACUGCGUGUGCUUAUCUCUCUUCCUCUGUCCUCCCUCAAUUCCUCUAGAGAUUACAUUUUCCACUUUGCGUUCUCUCCUCUUGAGUCUUCAUCGCUGCCUUUAUUCAGCUUGUCAAUGACAAGGACGUGUGCAAGGAGAUGGAAAAAGCAUGUUUUUUUUCUCCCUAGCAUGCUUAAUUAAUGUAGAGGUCAUGUCCUUGUUGUCUGUUUUUUUAAUGAUGCCAUGAUGGACAUUCAGACUCACACAAUGGUUUUUACAUAUUAGUUCAUGCCUUUGAAUUCCUUUUAAAGCUGGCAUUAUUGAUUAACACUGGAAUGACUCUAACUAUGUACAGAAGGAUUAGUAUUUUACAAAUCACAAAUUUGAUUCUGGUCAUAUAUAAAUUUGUCAGACCUUAUCCGUAGUGGAAAUACUUUCUAAUUUUUCAAUCCUGUAUAUUGUGUCAUAUGCAUAGCUGUAAUUUCUGUAUAGAACCAUAAAGGGGAGUCAGAUGGAUAACAGCAGCCUGGAGAGUGCCUAAAAAUGAGUCUCUGAAUAGAGGAUGCUCAUAGCUGUUUGUUGAAGAGCAUUCUUUAAAGCUCUAAGAGCCAGCUGAGGCUUCCUGGUUCAACUCUUCUGACUAAUUACUACCGAGCCUUUAAAAUCCCUGAAGGUUCUAGGGCAGCAUCACAAACUAGUUAGGUUUCUGGAUCAUGGCCCCAUUUAAAGAACAUUUGUCUCCCAUAAAACAUGAUAUUAAAGCAUGCAUAAUCAGACAGCAGCUUUUGUUUUAAUAUUUGCUCUGAGAAUGUCCACAAACAGAAGUGCACACUUUUUAAGACAUGUACCUGUUCUGUAUGUAUAUUGUAGUUGUUGAAAAGGAGGGCAGGAGUGAGCUAGGGGAAAAGGAGCGACCUCUAUUUUGUCUAGACUCCAUGUUAGCACUGCACAUCUAUCAUCUCCUGACUUCGCCACUUGGUAUGAGCACCGUGUGGAGCUUAUCUCCUUCUCAUUGCAUUAUCUUUGCUUUAGGGAGUUUCUGGUUGUGUGCUUUUAUAAAGGGGGAAGUAACACGAUGAGGACAAGGAGCACUAACUUAAAUGGCACAGAUUGUUCCAUUUAUGUGUAUUUUUAGCCUUUGAAAUUUGCCCUAUGCUAAACAGAAGAACCCUAGCCAAGCCUUUUAACAGUAUUAUAAUCAGCAUAUACACUGUGCGUUUUGGAAUAGAUCUCUCAGACUGCCGGAGAGACUGUGCAAGCAGAAAGACAAGACAGUGCUAGCUGACUAAUCCCCAUCCCACACAGAAGUGUCGAGGUGGUUAAUCAAAGCACAGAUCCACAUUUAGCUUUUAAUAAUUGUACAUAUUUGACUUCAAGUCCUGGUUAAGUUCGUCUUUAUCAGCUUUGGUCUGAAAUGACUGUUUAAAUUAGCCUUUGUUCUCUUUGAACUCAUGCUCGUUUUCAGUGAGGUGCUCUUAUUGGUUUUUGAAAACGCAUAAAGUUUUCUCUUUAUCCACCUUUAGAAUAAUAGAGUAAAUUAGGUUUUAGAAGCUACAGUAUUUUUGAACAAGUGAAGGUUUGGCUCAAGUGUGAGUUUAGUUGAUCUACCAGCCACCACUCCUCACCUCUGUGAUGUACAUACUCUCUACCUUUCUACUUUUCAUUUCCUGUCAUUUCUGUUGUUGUUGUUUUUUUCUUUGUUUUGUUUUUUUUCUAAUGAAACCUGGAUGUGUUUGUUGCUUAGAGCUAUGGAUCACAAUCACACAGUCUAACUUACCAUACAAUUUAAGACUCAGUGAACAAAAGGCGAAAUGUUAAAGUAACUGCAGCAGAGAGAAGCAUUUAACAUCUAAAUAGAAACUUCAUGGUUUCUAUGGUCUCAUGUCCCCACAUGAUUCCAUUCCCAGUAGUGCUUUAUCCCUGUUGUAGUUACGGAUGAUGAGUCAGGCUAUGUGAAUGUGCUUCAUGUGUAUUGAUUAGUAUUUAUAGAUGUUCUGAUGAAUUCUAGUCCUGUCAUUGUAUUACAUUCUUUACCUGACAAAUGAUCAAUUAAAAUCAUUUGGCUGGAUCAGUACAGCUCCUGCAUGUUGUUUUUGUUCCAGUUACUGUAUAUGUGUACUUUAAAUUGACAUGAUCUACACUUUUAAAAAAUUCUAACCUUCUAAGAGUCGUCUUGUUCAUCCAUUUGGGAAAGCCCAUAAAAAGUUUGUAGAACCUUAUGGUGGAGGAAUUCACCG